GGUCGGCAGUACGUUUUCGACUCGGCUAAAAUCAGGCGGUUAAGAGUUCAGCUCGGCCGCGCAACCACGUAGUUCCCCGCUCUGACGUGAUAUCGCCCCUUGGUAUAUGAAUACAUGUGUACCUAUGUGCACACGGUAAAUAAGGCAGGAAAAGCCCAAAGCCACGGAGUUCGGAUCCGAUAGUCUUCCGUUUUGUUUUGCUUAGCAUUGCACCUGUGCAGUUGAAAAUCCGUGAAUUCCGUCGCGGUGCAACAGUGGCGCUUGUGUGGGUGCUGGGCGCGGGGGGAAAGGUGUAUGGAAAAGUGUGUGUGGGUAGUGUGUUUUUAUUUCCGAUUUUGAUGGAGAGUAUCCAGCAAUUAUUAUUGCAAUUACAGCGCGGCGAAAAAUAGUUUCUUUCGCUCACAAAUGCCUGUAUAAACAAAUACCAAUGCAACAACAACGACUGCCGUAAACGUCUAACAGCAAAAGCUGCAACAACAACAGUUCUAACCACAGACACAGGCAAACACGUUUUCCGUUUUAUUUUCUGGCCCGCAUUUGCUGGUGUGUGUGGGUGCGCCGAUGUGUGCGUGUGUACGUGUUGCUCGCCCGAGUAUAGAAAUUUCUAAUGAUUUUUGGCCUGUUCUCGAAAAGCAGCUCCAAACAACAACAAAAAUUGGACUCCGCAAUGGCUGUUUCAAUUGAUUUGCCUUUCGUUUAAAUUGUUUUAUAAUUGAAUGCCAAAACAACUGUAGCCGCACUCAUAACACAACUGAAAAAAACCUCUGUAACUGCAACGACCAGAGCAUCGAAUUUUGUUGAUACCAACGAGUAAAUUAUCGACCAAUAUCCCACACAGAAAAGGAAUUUUAAAGACUAAUGAAAUUGGCCACAUCCGAAGAUCUCGUCCGAUGUGCGUGGAUGGUAGCGCAUCGCCUUUGAAUCGAUUUCGGGGACAUGGUGAGCCAUUGAUCAGAGUCCAAGAAACCCGCGUAGUAGCUCGCUGUCAUAUGAGCUGAGAUUAGUCAACAAACACAACAUUCAACGGAACGAAGGGCGAAAUUAUAGAAUAGACCCGUCGACAGAUAUCCACAGACACGUUUCAUCAUCUAGAAGCUCCAAAUGGAGACCACUGAUCAGGAGGUCAUGCUGGAGGGCAGGGAAGAACUCAUGUCGACAUCGGCCACAUCGCCCACAAAUAGUGGGGACGCAAAUGGUUUCGGCAAAAAAUUGUCCGUAACCUCGCCGGAUCCCACAUCGUACGUCACCAAGCAGCGAGUGACGCGGCCCACGCCUCCCGCUCCUUCGAAAAAUCCUAUGCAGUUCGUCCAGAUUAAGCCCUGCAACCUUUAUCAGACCGCGCAGGAGCAGCUGAAGAAGGCCGAGGAGGUCAAGAAGCUGAAGGAGGUGAAGAAGGAGGAGCCAGAGGAGUGGCAGAACAACCUUGACAAUUGGAAAUCGUCAAGACGAAAACGUGUCGAACACAUCAUCGAUCGAGCAGUGGAGACAAAGAAACUCGAACUGGAGGAGCAUGAUCGCUUGCGCCGAAAAUCGAAAACAUUCACCGAAAUGAUGGAGGAGAGGGCUGGAAGAGGCGGAUCUCGAGGACGUGCCAAGCUGGCUUCUCUGGCCGUAUAUAACGAGAAUGAAACAAACGACCUGACUGAUCUGGGGAUCGGGACCAGCAGUGCCAGCGGAAAGAGCAGCCUGUCCGAGGACUAUGACAAUAACAGUGUUAUGAGCGACCAUGCGGCGGAGCUGGAUAUUGCGAUUGGAGCAUCUAGCUCUGGAGUUGCAGGAGUAACUGUCCAAAAAGUGGACGAGCAGCUGAAUCACAUAAACCGCAACGGCAGCAAUGGGAACCACAGGAACGGAGUGGCUGUUGGCCAGCCGGGACAAUCGAUUUCCUCCAAAUCAGCGGGGCGGGAAUACAUCCCCUCGCCAGGAUACGACACGUCCGCCAGUACUGCGCAAGCUAGUUCUCCGGAUCUCUGUGAAUACACCUACGAGGGAGCCAUCCAGGACUACAAGCAAAGAGUUCAUCUGGCCAACAUCAAUGACAAUGAUAAUGCCAACGGCAAGGGGAUUGGAGAACCCGUUGCUUAUCCCACUAGACGAGGCUCUAAAAUUGAGGAUCGAUUAAGUGGUUUUGAGGUAACAUCGCCAAGCGACACGCAGGAGGGUGUAGAGAAGCAAAAAGUGGACGUGCCCAAAGUGGACAUUUCUAAACGCAAGGAGAUUUUCGAGCAGGCCACGGCAGAAGUCUCUGACGGAGGUGCUCCUGCUGCCUCAAAACUGCUUUUUCGUGAUGGUUUUAUUAAUGGAAAUGCAGCUCCCACUGCCUCGGAGGUGAGGCGUCUUUCUGGUGACAUCUCCAGUAUUCGAGAUCGCAUGCAGAGUUUGGAAGAGCAGCGAAAGGCGUUCAGUUCCAGCAAGAGUGUGGAUGUGCCGGUGCCGCCUCUUAAGCUGCGUUUGAAUAGUCUACAGCAGUCCGUUGUCAAAGAGGAGCAGAAGAAGCCACCGUUGGUUGCGCUAAUCGAUGCCAGACAACUGGAGAUCAUGAGGGGAGAAGAGGAACGUAUGCGCCAACAGCAGCAACUGAAAAAUAAGCAUACUCCACAAAGCCAAACCACUUUUUGUGAAUCUACGCCAGCUCCUCCUGCCCUAAUUAUAGAGGAACCGCCGGUGGCAGACAUCAAUAAUGACAGCGGGAUUCAGGAGGACACAACUGAUGAACUGCACCAGCAACAGCAACUCAACGCAGCCAUCGUCGCCUUGGCCCUCGAGGAGCGCCAGUUAGAGGAGGCAGCCAAUGUGGUCAACCAAAUUGAAGCGGAGUUCGAUGAGCUGACUGAUCUUUAUUCCUCGCCAUUGUCACCAUCUCCAGCUCUUCCGUCGGUCCAACAAAGAAUCCAACAACCGACAGCCGCUCAGGCUCCAGCACAAGCGGUCAAUCAGGCGGCUGCUCCUCCAUUGCGGGAUAUGGAAUUUAGUAUCAACGAAGCUCUUGAAUUGGCACUGCAAGCUAUUGAUCGCGAGGCGAUAACCAAGCCAAUGGAGAAGGCACAACAUCCACAGAAGCAGGAAGAGAAGGAGGAGUUUAGAGAUCGGCCGGAGGAGCAGGUGCCAAAUUGCGAGGAGCGGCACGAUGAGGAGUCCAUUAAACAAGGGGAAUCACAUAACGAGGGUGGGGAAAUGCCAAAUAAAACGGAUAAGCAGAUGCAGGGGGGACGAGAGCCCAUCUAUGAGAAUGUCAGCUCGACUAUAUCUAUGCAUGAAGUAGAUAAUGAACAGAUAGCAACGAUGACGAUAACCACACAGAUCCAAGCGACGCUAAGAAGUCAUAGAAGAAGCAUUCCAAACAACCAAAUCAGCCACAAUAACGAAAAUAAUCAAAGCCCUAAUCAAACCAACAACAGCAGAAAUCAAAAAGAGAGCAGCACAGCAGCAACAUCGGCAGCGACCCCUGUGCCACCAACAACACCGGGGGAACAACCAGAGCCGUACUACCAAGUGCCGAAGACCACGGAGCCCUAUUACGAUGCCCCUAAGCAUUUAAGGCCGGUGCCUGUCUACGAAAAUGUCGAGAUCUUGUACUCUGCCCUGGAGAUUAGUCAGGGAUCAGUGGGAGCGCCAGUGGGACUGAUGGAGCCACCCAAGGAGAAGCCACCGCCACCGCCCACCGAGAGUCCGAUUCCGUUGGACGAGGGCCAUGUCGACGAGCUGGAUGGACUGGCUAGUAUUGGCCACAACACAGACACCUGGUCAUCGGACAACACCUACGAGACCAUAUCGAACGGCACUCGCCGGCACCUUCAAGGACAACCCGUCCAGCCCUCUCCGCCCAUCAAGCGGAUGAACUCGACCAAACGGAUCAAGAAGGAGUUGCGCAACAAGCGCUCCAGCUUCCUGGGCAUCGAAACCGACGGCGAUCUCGACGACAUGGAAACCUAUCUCGAGCUCACGGUGGCCCCGCCGCCGGAUAUGGCGCAGCUCUUGCAGGAGGAGCGGCGACUGGAGAAGCAGCUGUACAUCAAGGCGGGACUCUGCGACAGUUCCGACACAGGCGAAAGUCGCGAUUCUGGAGUUUCUGAAAACCAUUCGCGUCAGAGCAGUGAACACUACACAAACUCCUCUGAGGAGAACGAUACACAGUCAGAGGCCACGCCUCCGCCAUUGCCUCCACCACCGUCGACCGCUCAAGUGGGUGAUGUCAUAUACCAAAAUGAGAGCAUCCUUGCUGCCCAGACACCGCUUCUCCAGACGGUCAGGGGAAACUCGGCCGAGUCCUGGACGGAAUCAGCGACGGCCGCAGCUGCGGCCACCCAAUCUUUGAGCGAAGCUACAGCAACGGCCAAUGCCAAGAUGCAGUCUAUAGAGGAUAAGAUCCGGGAGCAGGGAGAGAUGUUGCGUGUGGAACGCGAGCUACUACACUUUUCGGAGGAACUGAAACGGCAACGUGAGAAUCUUGUGCUCCGAGAAAAUAUUGCUCGACGAGAGUUGCAUCACGGUGCCAAGAUGCUGAUGUCGAACAACCGGCGCUCGCUGCAGGAUCUGCACCACGGCCUAGGAAUCGGAAACGGAAUGCUAAGUGCCUUCCAACCAUCGCAACACCACCAGGUUUCAAAGCCACCACCGCAAUCGCAGCAGAUUUACGCCAAUGUUCCGCAGCAUCAGCAACAAUUGGGUCUGCAUGCAUAUCUGCAGAUGGACACAGACUACCGGAAGUCCAUGUCAGAUCUAAACGAGUUCUCCAGCUGCCUGAUGUUGCCGCCAACGCCGCCAACAAAGCCUUUGAGGGCUAUGCAAUUGAAUGCAAAUGGCCAUGGUCUAGAGCCAGAUUAUGCGGUUAGCACGAGGCAGCGCCAACAACCAGCUCCGUAUGGUGGCUCUCUGGUAAGGAUUGCUGAAACACCAAUGUCGCCACGGCUGCCCGAUCAAGGGUAUUCCGUCCAAGCGCCGGCAGCCACAGCUUACCAUCACCAGUCGGCGCAAUACUUGAGCAAUAUGUCCAGAAACACACUGCUCGCUCUAAGUGCCACCCCCAAACCAAAAUACGCAGACGGGUGGGUUCAGGUGCAGCAGCGGAAGAGUUAUGACAGCCAACAGACCAGCGAUGUGGCAUGGUUGUCCUCCCAGCAGCAAAAGCGCAAAUCCAUGCCGGACUACGGCGGAGCACUCUAUAAUAACAACCACUGGCUACUUCAGGAGGCGGAGCAGCGACGCAUUGAACAACUUAAUAGGCGUCCUAUACCGGCGGGCAAGUCAAUGGGCAAACCGUUGCCCGAUUCCAUUAUACAAACUCUGACGGAGCGGGUUCAGAGCAAAGGAAUCGGCGAUCGAAAGCGCUUCGAUAGCAACGGAAACUAUAGCCAGGUAAAUGGCAACAAUGUCUAUCAGCAGCAGCAGCAGCUGAAGAAUGUCACGAAUGGCAGCAGCAUCAAUGGCAACAGCAGUCAAGGGCAAGAAAAGGUACUCAGCGUCAGUGGCAAGAAGAAGUGCUCCCAUUGCGGCGACGAAUUAGGUAAACUUUGCUACUACGUUGGUUGCCGCGGCGCUGCCAUGAUCAUCGAGUCGCUUUUGCUGUUCUACCACAUCAACUGCUUCAAGUGCUGCGUCUGCCACGUCCAGCUGGGAGAUGGCCUCAAUGGGACCGAUGUCCGUGUGCGAAACCACAAGCUGCAUUGCCAAAACUGCUACUCCAGUGAUGACGGAAUUAAGUUCAGCUGCGUCUAACUGAGUCCUUGCCAAGGAAACGGAAGUUGAUUAGAAAACACCAUUGGGGUUGUUGUUGCUCUGUUGCUUUUGCAACAUUGAUUGUUGUUGUUGUACUAGUAAUACAUAGCUAUUAAAUAAAGAUGAUAAUUCGUAUGUUCACAUAUAUACCCAUAUAUGUAUAGAUAUAUAUCUACAUAUGUUGAGAGGAAAGUCAACUCCAAAAUAUUUCAGAUUAGUAUAAUUCGCUUCUAUAUACAUCGGUCAGAAAUUAUUUAAAGUUUUUUAACUCAGAUUUUAACAUUUUAUACAACAUAUUCUACAUGUUUAAAAGUCAAGCUCUCUAUAAUCAAAGUAAGAUUUACAGUUCAAUUAAAAUGUGUGUUAAAAAAAAACAAAAAAAAAACCUUGAUGUGUUUAAAUUUUAUAAUUGUACCACCCUACCAUUUUCUUUUCGUGCCGAGAAUUCGCUUGUUUCUAAAUGUAUCUUUUUGUACAUGCCACUGCCCACUUAAAAUACCUAACGACGUAUCCAAUGUACCUAAGACUAUAUACAAACACCCAUCCACAAGCAACUCACUAACAUAAGGUAAUAAUAUAACCUACAUACAUACAUACAUACAUACAUACAUACCUUUAAGCUUCAUUAGAGGAGCAAAUAAAGUGAAAGAUAUAAUUUCUAAUAUCAGUUAUUUUUAUUUAUUAUAAUUACGCAUACAUUUGUAUAUUCUAUACACGUCUAAUUUUUCUGUAUAAAAACAUCAAAAAAGAUAUAUUAAUUUCUUGUAUUUUUUUAAUAAACUAUUUCAA